UGGAGGUCCGAGUACAACAAUGAACGUCAGCAGCAGCGGCGGCGGCGGCGUGCGUCCUGCGUGCGCUCCGUACUUGGGUUAAAGUUUAUUCCCGAACCAAACCGCGCCGCUACAUCUCUACAUGCGCUCGUGGGAGGUGUCCUGAGCUCGGGGUUAAAUGGAGCUGGAGGACCAAUGGUGGAAGGGACAGCUCGCAGCGGACAUCUACCAGGCACUACGGUACAAAGAGCUGAAGCUGCCUGCGUUCAAAGGCCAGUCUCCUCAGCUGAGUCUGCGGCGGUACUUCGCGGACCUCAUCGCCAUCGUCAGUAACAGGUUCAAACUCUGCCCCACGGCGCGACAUCUGGCCGUUUACCUCCUGGACCUCUUCAUGGACCGAUACGACGUCACGGUGCAGCAGCUACACAUGGUCUCCCUCUCCUGUCUGCUCCUCGCCAGUAAGUUUGAGGAGCGUGAGGACCGCGUGCCAAAGCUGGACUCUCUGAACACUCUGGGCUGUAUGACGUCCAUGAACCUGGUGCUGACCAGACAGAGCCUCCUGCACAUGGAGCUGCUGCUGCUGGAGACGUUUCAGUGGAACCUGUACCUCCCGACCGCCGCCCACUUCAUCGACUACUACCUCUCCGUGUGCGUGCACGAGGCCGACCUGCACGACGGCUGGCCCAUGACCUGCAUCGAAAAAACUCGCCUCUACAUGGCCAAGUACGCAGACUACUUCCUCGAGGUGUCCCUGCAAGAUCACGUGUUCCUGUGCUUCGUGCCGUCUCUGGUGGCCGCUGCCUGCGUGGCUUCCUCUCGUCUGGUCCUUCACCUGUCGCCCACCUGGCCCCAGCGCCUGCAGCGGCACACGGGCUACUCCUGGGACAACCUGGUGCCCUGUGCCGAGAAACUGCUCAUAGCCCACGACAGCGACGUGAACGAGGCCAACAAGCAGAAGACCCAGCCCCCCGCGCCCGCUCCUCAGCAGCAGCAGCCCCAGACGGCCUUCCACAGCUCGGGCCAGACCUCCAGCGUGGGCCCUUACCUCCACCGCCCCAACCUCCAGUACGCCCAGGCGGUGUCCCAGCCCGCCCUGGCCCCCUCCGCUCACCGCCCCGGGACCGCCUACAUCAACCACCCGCCCUCCUCCACCGCCUCUGGCCCCCAGCACAGCAGCACUCAGCCCGUCACCGCCGCGAUCGAACCCAAAACGAACGCGGCGAACAGGGCGUACCAAGUCAGCAUGCACUACUCCUGCCCCGCCCCCUGUUUUGAGAGGUGAAGCCGAUUUCAAGCCAUUAUUUGGAAGAAUUGGAAGAUAUAAAGGAAUAUAUAUGGGUUUCUUAAAGUUGCACUGUGUAACUUUUUGGAGGAGGAUGCCUAAAGUGUCACCAUUUGUCAAUAAACGUAAACAUGUUCAUGAAAACGAGAACAACGACAGCAUUACAGGUCAGAUCUCAUGUUUAAAAUGAAUGUUUUUCAAGGGAUUUUUGAGAAACAUACCGUAUUUUUCAGACUAUAAGUCACACCAGCCAAAAAAUGUGUAAUGAAGAAGAAAAAAUAAGUUGCACCGGACUGUAAGACGCACUUUUUGGGGGAAAUUUAUAUUAUUUAAAUCAGAGACCAGGAACCAACAUUUCAAAGUCAAGUUCUAGUAAUAAUAACACUAGAAGAGAGAACAACAAGCUGUCACAUAUGAACUUUUAUUCAGAUAAACUAUAACAUAAACAACAGAACAAGUUUAACAAACUCUCCAUCUCACUCCAAAUCAUUAAAGCCAUUCAAUUCUUCAUCCUCUGUGUCACUUCUGAGCAACUCCUCGACCUCCGGAGGUAAACAGAGCGCCGCUUCCUCUUCUGUGUCGCUGUCGUCAGACUCGGCAUCAGUUCGUUAGAAUUAUUCCGGCCUUUCUGAAUCCCGACAAGAUGGUUUCGGUGCCACUGAAGUCCAGGCUUUGUCGAUUCAUCCAGUGACUUCCAGGAAAGUUGCAUGAAGCUGUGUUCUUCAUCCCUGCCUUUUUGCCAGUCCCUCACAAGUGUCUCGCUCUCUCCAAACUUUCUUUCUGCUGCUCGAUUACCAUUUUCAGCUGAAUAUUUCUCAACUUGCAGCAGGACAGAGGCUCUUUCUGCAGGAGACAUGCGCAGUAGAGCCAAGUGACAGUGGUACAGGAGGAACAGGGGCAGCAGAUACUCACACACAAGACUAGAACCUAUGAUGUUCAUUUUGUCGUCUUAUAUGCUUCAACUUCAUGGAUUCUUUUUAACUUUACUGCAUUGUCUUUAAAAAGAACCCAAGAAGUUAAAGACUAGAGCCUCUCGCGGCUUCAGUGUGAAGAUUUUAAUAUACAAGUCGCAGGAAACGCCCAACCCAUGAAAAAAAGUGCGACUUAUAGUCCGAAAAAUACGGUAAUCCUCUGUAAGUGAGAUAAGGUUAACACCAUACUGUGGAACAUUUCGGGCGAACAUCUCCAUGGAGACAAACAGGUGGCAGACACUCCUCCACGAAAGUUAUAUACUGUAACUUUAAGGGUCUGACUACGUGAACACUUUUACAUAUUUUGAUGUUUGUUUCAUUUUUUUGUCUGCACAUUUUCAAGCUACGGUAACACAACAUUUACUUUUUACUUACUUUUUGUUUUUUUGAGAAGCCGGGCAGGAUAAACCGAUCAAUGCCUUUUGUCAACGAGACAGAUUUUUUGUUUAGAAUAUUUUUUAGAAAAUACACCAGCCAUUUAUGCUCCCAAAAUAAUGAAUUCUUAGUGCAAAGUUUACAAAGCGCAAACCACCGUAAAACCUUUUUCUAGCAAGUAAAUUAGAAAAAAAGAUUAGUGGUGCGUGUUUAGAGAUUGCAUUAAAAUUUUGAUCUUUUUUCUACUUUUGUUAAAACGUUUUCUAGGAGGAUGUGGUUUGUAAAGACGAUGUAGAACCACUUUCCUCACAAAAUUUUGGUUGUCUUUAAUUUAGUGUUAGAAUUGUUGUAGACCAAGAAGACCCAAUUGGGAGAUUUGUAUUCCAAUUAACGUGUGCUUUAACGUAGAAAAAAAAAAAAGAUGGCAUACGAUAUAAUUAGUCAGAAAAUCUUUCCAAAGCAUCAUAUUUUGACACGAUGGAAAUUUUUGGUGCCUUGUUUACACACCUGGGCCUUGGGUGCGUUUACACUCACACACAAAUCAAAACUGGACAAAACUGGGACUCGUAAAGCUCCGUUCACACAUAAUUUCUAAUAAAUUUACGGAUACAAACUGCUGGAUGCUGAUCUGCAUUUACACAUGUGUCAGACCCAGAACAUUUCCAGGUCUGUGUGGUAUUUGGCUCUCUGCGUUUUCACAUUGCAACGCACUUUAACGCAAUUUUUAUGCACAGUUUUUUUCCACAUUAGUUCGUAUUUGAGUUGUUUUCGUUGUGGAUGCAGAGUUCGUCCGCACUAAUCCCAUUGAGACGGAACGAGCACAGAUCUGAGCCGAUACGCUGAAGUAGGUCUAUGCGCCGCGAAGUAAUUCACCGCCAAAACGCGAAGAGGCUAGAACACAGGUGUCAAACAUACAGCCCGGGGGCCAGAUCCGGCCCUCCAAGACCUUUAAUCUGUCCCUCGUCUGAUUUUCUACAAAAAUAUUUUAAUUCUAUUUUUUAUUGAAAUCUUGUUAAUUUUCUGCGGUGUUUAUCACAGCAGCGUCUCCAGGAUACUCCACUCCACUCGUAUUUCACUGAGUCGUGUCCUUUAGUCCGACAGAAGCUGAACCUCAUCAGUGCACAAUAGCGAGCUGUUUUUUUGAGAGUUUAGUUUAUGCAAAUGAGCCGUGUGGUUUUGAGUUUGUUUCUGUAAAACGUAAACACAUAUGAGCAAAGCUGUGUGGACAUGGAAGGCUUGCGGACUCAGGAAUGACUUGUCUGGACGCAAAUCGUUUCCGAUACGAUGAUUCAUUUCAGUGUAAACGUAGCCUAAGAGAUGUAACUCAAAACGCAUAACUCUUUUUUUUUUUUUGUCCAGUCCAAAUGUAAACACGAUUUUGUCACAGCUGUGUCAUACGUGGGGACCUGCAAGUUGUGACUUGAACUCGAGUCAGACUUGAGUCACUACUUUUAGGACUUGAGACUUGACUUGAUAAAAUAGACAAAGACUUGGGACUCGACUUGGACUCGAAGGUCAGUGACUUGGGACUUGGCUCGGACUUGAGGCCUGUGACUCGAGAAGCCCUUUUAAAUCUGAAUUCUUUCUAUUCUGACCGUAAUGAUUCACACUAAGAUCUUGUCAAGACAUUUAAAAAGAAAAAAAUUACAUUUCUACAACUAUUAUAAACUCUAUAAAUACUCAUAUAUAAAUGUACUUUUAAAAAAUCACAGUAUAAAAAAGGAGCGAGCAGUUUUUUGGUGAAUGGACAUAUAUUCUAGCCUCUUAGCGUUUUGACGGUGAAUUACUUCGCGGGUGCACAGAUCUACAUCAGCGUAUCAGCAUUUUCAGACGUCCACACUGUGCCGGAUCAGAUCUAUGCUCAAAUGAAUUCGUGGGAGCUGGCGGCACCAGAUCGUUCCAUCUCUGGAGUCAGAUUAGUGCGGACGAACACUGCAUCCACAACGAAAACGACUCGAUUACGAACCAGUGCGGACGAGGCCUAAAUUUAGUGGAACGUAACCAGGAAACUAGGCGGUGUUACUGGCAAUUCCCUGGCUUUAUUCAAACAUAAGCUUUCCCUGAAUAUUCCCAGUUAUUUACGAGACAAAUUUCCAGAUCAACAAUCCGGUUCUGGGUUUAUUCACACAGGAUUAUUUUCUGGCAAAAUUCAGGUAAAUUUCCGGCUUCUAACUCCAUGUGUAAAUUGGGCUUGACUUGGAACUAAACUCAGACUUGACCUGGACUAAAACAAAGUCAAACCAAGCGUCCAUUAAAUCUAAAACCACGACCGAACCAGUGUAAACGCUCCCUUAGAUUCCAUUUGUUUUUAAUUUGAUCAGACUGGAUAAGUUUAGCGCUGCACUUUGAAACGAUGUGCAAUAAUAAGUGUCUGUGAAGCGCUUGCUUUUUGGGGGAGCGAUGAUGAGGAUAAUAAUAAUAUCCGGGAUUAUAAUGGAGGUGAGUAGGGUAACUAUGCACCAUCGAGAACAGUGCUGUGUCGUUUUGCCGUGCUGCAGACCAAAAAGCCCAGUAUUAUUUGAACCGAGACGACCUCCUGAAUGUAUACGUCGUGCCUAGAGCCGCUUAAGGCCGUUGUGAUGAUGUUGAUGAACAAUGGGAAGAACUUGAUGUAGAAGGUAAAGUAGCACAGUUUAUUUAGGUGUUCUGUACCUAGAUUUUUGCUUAACUUUUGUUUUUCUUGAUGAGUGUUGUGUGAGAGAAGAAUUUGAAGUAGAAUGUAGUCCUCGAGAUGUCACGAUUUAUUUGGAAAAAGAAAAAAAUGUUGCUCUUCUGAACUCAGAGGAUUUCAGUCGGUGCUGUGCACUCGGAACAUUAUAGUUUUAAUAAAAUACAUUUCUGUGUUGAACUGA